AUGUCGUUUCUUGCUCGAUGCUGUGGCUUCGGCCGCACACGAGGGGAAGACACUGAUCCGUUACUCCCUCGCUAUGAAGAUGACACAACUCGUCAGAGAGCUCUCCACCAGAAGCUGCAUACAUAUCAAAUGUUGCGGGCCCUUUCCAAAGGUUACAUGCCCUCGACCGAACAAACCAUUGUCAACCUACGCACCCUCCUUGCCGCAGACGUCCUCAAUCCAAAUAACAAGGAAUUAAGCGAGUCAGGCCGAGCACUCAUUCGGAAUUGUCGAACUUGGAUUCAGCUGUUUAUUGAGAUCUUGAAGAACAAGAAUAAUCGAGAUCAGAUUCAGGACUUCAUCUGGUACACCACAAAGUCUCGAAUCGCUCUUGAUGUUGAUGACAUCUCUUCUUCAGCCUCCAAAGUUAAAGCCAGGGCUGAUGCCCGCGCUGCCUACGAAAGCUUCCGCACAGUCGGAAGUUUGCUUCUGACUAACCCCGAUUUUAGACUCUUUGUCAAUGAUGUGGCCACAAUAGGAAGGGAAGUCCUGGCCGAUACUGCGUUUUCCUUGUCUUCAGCAGCCGAGAAUACUGGUAAAAAACUAGAACUCUCAGAACAGGAACAGCAGGUCGUGGCAAAACCUGGAGCCGAUGAGGGUAGCAUGCCGUCCAAGCAAGAGUUGGAACAGGAGGCUACAGAGACAACAAAGGUAAUUGGCUCAGAAGUAACAAAAGUUGGAAAGGAUGCUGUCGAGAGUGUCAAAGAGAAUUUCAGCGGCUCGCAAAAAGACACCCUACUCUAUCGCCUGAAGCAAGCAAUUCUCAAGUUGAGAAGCCGGACAGACUACCAUGAUUCGGUAUCGACCAUCGCAAAAUUGAUUCAGCGCUAUGCUGUGGCAUAUUCCCGUGUUGCAGAUUCCGCCAUCGCCGCCGCACAGGAAGACAUUCAUACAAAUCCAGCUUUGGACCGAGCCGUGCGCAAUUUCUGGAGUUUCCUAAGCAGCUUCGGCGAUCCCCAUGCUUGGGAGCAGCUGGAGCAGGAUUUCAACAGGGUCAUGAGCCACGCAAAAUCAGACCCCCAAUUCGAGAACUUCAUGGUUGACGUUGGCAACGCAGUGCAGCGGAUGCUCACGGACCCUGAAUUCUUCGACAACGUGGACCAGAAACUCGAAGAGCUGAAAGAGAAGUCUGCUAAACUUGGCAAUGAGUCCGAGUUCAGAACAGACUUUGAUAAGAUGCUGAGGCAAGCACAGGUCACCAUAACCUCUGUGAUAGAAGACAAAGACGUCAACGGACUUCUUCUGGCUACAAAGAGGAUCUAUAACAUUUUGACACCUCCAAACAAGGUUACUAACCCAGACCUUAUCACCGACGCCAUUCACAUUUUCCUCCCUCUAUUGAUUCGGAGUGUACAAUACAUCCCCAUCCCUCGGGUGGAGGUCAGCGUUCCUGAAAUGGACCUCCUCCUCGAAAAUCUUGUGCUUGAGCCCGGCCGAAAUGUCAACUCAACCUCCUUCCUUCCCUACCGCCUCCUUGUCUCGACCAAGAAUGACCUUGAAAUCCGCAAAACGCAUUCGAGAAAGACAGUCUCCACCACCAAGUCUCUCGUGACCAUCUCCAUCAACGGCCUCAGCGUUGCAGCUCAAGACCUUGGCUUUUGGAUUCGGGGACAUGCAGGCCUUGUCCACUUUGCCGAUGAGGGCAUUGCGAGCUUCUAUCUUGAUGAGCGCGGCAUCGACAUCUCUCUAGACCUCGAGAUCGGUCGUGAGAAGCUCGAACAAAUCCUCACCUUGCGCGGCGUGAGAGUACACAUUCACAAGCUUGACUAUGACCUCCGCCAAUCAAAGUUGUCUUGGCUCGGUUGGCUAUUCAAACCCUUGCUGAAACACUUAAUCAGACGUUCUCUGGAGAAGGCACUUGCCGAAAACAUAGUCAAAGCCUUACGGGCCGCAAACCGUGAGCUUGUUUUUGCCCGGGAACGGCUACGUGCCACCCGGAUUGCGGAUCCUCAAGACGUUGUUACGUUCUUGAAGGCGGUCAUGGCGAGGUUGACACCGGAAGAAGAUCCGGACUUGUACACCAGAGUUGGCGUAGACGCUCCAAAGCAUGGUAUCUUCAGGGGUGUGUAUACACCCGGAAGUAUCGUCAAAUUGUGGCACGAGGAGGCUCUGAGGGCGGAAGAGGCUGUACAGGAUGGAGAAGAAAGGGGCGGUGGCUGGAGAAACGAUAUCUUCGAUACGGCCGUUCAAUGA